AUGGUCGAAUCGAGAGAGGGUCGUUACAACUUGAGAAAGAGAAGGAAAACUACUCAUGACAACUUGGUGGACCGAAUCAGUUAUUUACCCCAUGAAAUUCUUGUCACUAUAUUGUCUCUCUUGUCACUAAAGGAAGCAGCAUCAACUAGUAUCCUUUCUAGGCAAUGGCAGCAUCUGUGGACGUCUACUAUGAAUCUCAACUUUGAUGAUGAGGACACUUUAUGCCGUACGGCCAGGCCACCAGGAGGAAAAGCCCAAGAGUUGGCAAACCUCAGGUAUGUCAAUUGGGUCAAUAGCGUGGUGGAACAACACAGAGGCCCUAAAGUCGAACAAUUCAGAGUUAGCUUUCAUCUCGAUAAACGUUCAUCAAGUUCCAUUGAUAAAUGGAUCCGAUUUGCAAUGAAAAAGGGAGUUCAAAUGCUUGACAUUGACUUCCUAGAAUAUGGUUUUCACCAGAGCUAUACUUUGUUUCCCCACCAAGUUUUUGGUUUCAAACAAGGGUCUGCAUUUGAGGUUCCAAAUCUAGACCCUUGCAUGUACACUGGCUUUAAGUCCCUCAAAGAUCUUUGUUUCAAAAAUGUUGAUGUUGCAGAAGAAGUUCUCCAGUACUUCUUGUCCAAUUGUCCAGUACUUGAACGAUUAUCAGUCUAUAAUUCCCGAUAUGUGUCUCGUCUAAGAAUUGUCGGUACAUCAAUUGCCUUGAAGUACUUAGAGAUCCGGGAAUGUUUCAUGAUGGAGAGCAUUGAGAUUCGUGAUGCAAACCUUGUUUCAUUUACUUAUGCUGGACAUAAAAUUAUAAACUUGCUUAUCAAGAAUGUACCUCGUCUUGUUGACGUAUCAAUUUGUGAGCCCAACAAUCUUUUCUUUGAGGUUGUCUUCACCCAACUUUCAUACUGUCUUUCUCAGCUAGAGACUCUCAAGUUGACUUACAAUGUGUUGUUCAGGUGCGAUCGUAUAUUUCCUACAAUGCCAAAUCUCAGGCAUUUGGGUUUAAUAUUUGAGGGAGAUGAUGCUUUCGCUCUUGUUAACCUAACUUACUUCCUUCAGGCAUGCCCUUACUUGCACAAACUUGUGUUGCAGAUGCACUACGAAGGUCCGUUGAAAAGUUUUGCGAGAGCCCCGAAAUUCUCCCAUAAUUUCCUCAAGGUUGUGGAAAUGGUAGGGUAUGUUGGUCGCACAAGUGAUUUUGCGCUGGUUCGUUACUUGACAAAGACUGCUGUAAAUCUGGAGAAAAUUGUUGUUAAUCCUGUCCAGACCUGGCUUCUACAGAGCCUCAACUACAGAAUAAUGAAAGACCAAAUACUGAAGUGGCAAGAAACUGUAAGAGAUCGCGCUAGGAAGCAGUGCAUUUUUAAAAACAUUAGGGAGUUGCAGUAUCUGGCUUGGUAUUAUGACUUUGCUCACCACAGUGGGUUAAGGCCUGCAGAUAGAAAGCCCUAA